CGAAACUGGCCAGGCGCUACGCCACAACGGGGCCGCGGCCGAGGCCACGCCUCGCCGCGCGCCGCCUCUCCGCCGCCGCGGCUCCAUGCCCCCUCGAACCACCGCAUCCUCCCGUGCCCCUGCCUCCUGCUCCACAUGCCUCGUCACCCUUCCACCCCCUCGCAACCCACCCGCACCGGGCCAUCGCAGCGUUCCCGCACGCCGGCUUCUCCCACCUCGCCGACCACCCGCUCCUCGCCCGCGCCGUCCACGCCCUCGCCAUCCGCCGCGCUCUCCCGCUCAGUGCCUUCCACUGCAACACCCUCCUCGCCUUCUAUUUCCGUCAAGGCUCCUCCCCUGCCGCGGCCCUCCACCUGUUCGAUGAGAUGCCGCACCGGACGUCUUCCUCCUGGUACACCGCCAUCUCCGGCUGCGUGCGCUGCGGCCUCGAAUCCACGGCCUUCACGCUUCUGCGGGUCAUGCGGGAGCGUGAUGUCCCGCUCAGCGGCUUCGCGCUCGCCAGCCUCGUCACGGCCUGCGAGCACCGGGGCUGGCAGGAGGGCGCGGCGUGCGGCGCCGCCAUCCACGCGCUCACUCACAAGGCGGGGCUCAUGGGGAACGUCUACAUCGGGACUGCGCUCCUGCACCUCUGUGGCUCACGUGGGCUCGUCUCGAAUGCCCAGAGACUGUUCUGGGAGAUGCCCCAGCGGAACGUCGUUUCUUGGACAGCACUCAUGGUGGCAUUGUCGUCAAACGGGUGCAUGGAAGAGGCAUUGGUAGCCUAUCGCCGGAUGAGAAAAGAAGGGGUCAUGUGCAAUGCGAAUGCAUUGGCCACGGUGGUCAGCUUGUGUGGGUCACUUGAGGAUGAGGCGGCUGGGCUUCAGGUCACAGCCCAUGUCGUGGUCUCUGGCCUUCUGACCCAUGUUUCAGUGGCAAAUUCGCUUCUCACCAUGUUUGGGAACCUCAGGAGGGUGCAGGAUGCGGAGAGGCUCUUUGAUCGGAUGGAGGAGCGUGACCGUAUAUCGUGGAACGCGAUGAUAUCCAUGUACUCACAUGAAGAAGUCUACAGCAAAUGCUUUAUGGUACUUUCAGAUAUGCGUCAUGUUGGAGUGAGGCCUGAUGUGACGACUCUGUGCAGCUUGGUAUCUGUUUGUGCCUCAUUGGAUCUUGUUGCCCUGGGAAGUGGGAUUCACUCCCUGUGUGUCACCAGUGGUCUGCAUUCUUCUGUUCCACUUAGUAAUGCCCUGGUCAAUAUGUAUUCUGCAGCUGGGAAAUUGGAUGAGGCAGAGUCUCUGUUCUGGAACAUGAGCAGACGGGAUGUAAUAUCAUGGAACACUAUGAUUUCAUCUUAUGUGCAGAGUAAUAGCUGUGUUGAAGCAUUGGGAACAUUGGGUCAGUUACUCCAAACUGACGAAGGUCCACCAAACUACAUGACAUUUUCCAGUGCUCUAGGAGCAUGUUCAAGUCCAGAAGCCUUGAUGAAUGGCAGAACAAUUCAUGCCAUGAUAUUGCAGCGGAGUCUUCAGAACGUCCUACUGAUAGGUAAUUCUCUUCUGACAAUGUACAGUAAAUGCAAUACUAUGGAAGACGCAGAGAGAGUAUUUCAGUCAAUGCCAUGUUAUGAUGUUGUUAGUUGCAAUGUGCUUACUGGGGGCUAUGCAACACUUGAGGAUGUUGCAAAUGCAAUGCGUGUGUUUUCUUGGAUGAGGGGUACCGGGAUAAAGCCAAAUUAUAUCACAAUGAUAAAUCUCCAGGGCACAUUUAAAUCUUCAGGUGAUUUGCACAGUUAUGGAAUGCCACUGCAUGCAUACAUAACACAGACUGGAUUAUUAUCAGAUGAGUACGUUACAAACUCAUUGAUCACAAUGUAUGCAACCUGUGGUGAUUUAGAAUCUAGUACUGAUAUAUUCUGCAGAAUCAACAAUAAAAGUGCCAUUUCCUGGAAUGCCAUCAUAGCUGCCAAUGUACGGCAUGGCCGUGGAGAGGAAGCUCUAAAGCUCUUCAUGGAUUCACGGCAUGCUGGAAACAAACUUGAUCGUUUUUGUCUAGCUGAAUGUUUGUCAUCCAGUGCAAGCUUGGCAUCAUUAGAAGAAGGCAUGCAGCUCCAUGGCCUUAGUGUGAAAAGCGGGCUAGAUUAUGAUAGUCACGUUGUUAAUGCUGCAAUGGAUAUGUAUGGGAAAUGUGGAAAGAUGGAUUGUAUGUUGAAAAUGCUGCCUGAUCCUGCCUGUCGGCCUACGCAAUGCUGGAACACAUUGAUAUCAGGUUAUGCAAGAUAUGGCUAUUUCAAGGAAGCUGAGGAUACGUUCAAGCACAUGGUCUCACUGGGGCAAAAGCCAGACUAUGUGACAUUUGUUGCUCUCCUCUCAGCUUGUAGUCAUGCUGGUCUAAUAGACAAGGGCAUGGAUUACUUUAACUCUAUGGUACCUACAUAUGGUGUUUCUCCUGGAAUUAAACAUUGUGUUUGCAUAGUGGAUCUCCUUGGGCGUUUGGGACGAUUUGCAGAGGCAGAAAAAUUUAUUGAUGAAAUGCCUGUCUUGCCAAAUGACCUAAUAUGGAGGAGUUUGUUGUCAUCAAGUAGAACCUACAAAAAUCUGGAUAUUGGGCGGAAAGCGGCAAAGAAUCUCCUUGAAUUGGACCCAUUUGAUGACUCAGCUUAUGUUCUUUUGUCAAACUUAUAUGCUACAAAUGCAAGGUGGUUAGAUGUUGACAAAUUGAGAAGUCACAUGAAGAGUAUUAAGUUAAACAAAAGACCUGCCUGCAGCUGGCUUAAGUUGAAGAAUGAGGUGAGCAGCUUUGGUAUAGGUGACCGGAGUCAUAUGUACGCAGAACAGAUCUAUGCUAAGUUGGAUGAAAUCUUGCUAAAGCUCAGAGAAGUAGGUUAUGUCGCUGAUACCUCAUUUGCAUUACAUGAUACGGAUGAAGAGCAAAAAGAACAGAACCUUUGGAACCACAGCGAGAAGCUUGCAUUGGCAUAUGGGCUUCUUGUUGUGCCAGAAGGAUCUACAAUAAGGAUAUUCAAGAAUCUGAGGGUCUGUGCCGACUGCCAUUUGGUAUUUAAGCUGGUUAGCAUGGUUUUUCACAGGGAAAUUGUUCUGAGAGAUCCUUACAGGUUCCACCAAUUCAAACAUGGGUCAUGCUCAUGUUCAGAUUUUUGGUGAGGUAGUCAUGCAACAUGUACGAAUCGAUCCCUGGUUGUCAAUUUCUCUACUAGUUCUUCUGGCAGUAUCAUGUGCAACUUCUUUUGGAUGUCGCCGGCCAACCAAGGCGACCUCUUGGACAUCGUCCGGGCCCUGGAGCAGCUGCUGCCUCACCACCAAUGUUUCCAAUACUUCAACACGAUCAUGUUGUCAGAAGAAGAGGAGCUGCUGCAAGACCGAUUGUACUUUGGUGACACGAUCAUGUUGAAGUGCACUGCAGUUGCAGCGGCAGCUGGUGCACGGCAAUGGGGCAUCCGACUCAUUCUGGAAAGCAAUAGUGGCUGCGCUAUAGUAUCAGUAUCCAUGAUGCAUAUGUGCUUGAGAUCCGCAGCACAUCCUGAGGCAAAGGGACUACCAAUUCCUCAACGCUCAACCCAUAUCCGGGGCCUCAGCCACAGCUGUGCGCUUCUAGCUUCGUCCAGAGGGAAGAUGAGGUCCCAUACUGGACAAACAGACUGGACAUGGCUAUGGCUCCUCAGCCUCAUGCCCUGCAAUAGUGCGAAGGAAGAGCCAGACGGCGAAGGUGGUGUUCAUCCCCGCGCUGAUGGCCACACUGGUGGUGGGCCAGCGGCCAAUCAGGAGCCGAGAGGUGGUGGUGCUCUCUGACAGGUGGAGGCAUGUUCGUCAUCACAUACACGGCUACACGACUAGGGAUGAAAGUGUGUGGAUUAUUCUCCGCUCUGAUCCUAAUCCAAAUUUCAGAGAUAUGGAGAAAAACUUUAAUCCAUGUGAGAUACGGAUAAUCCAAAUCUAAUUGCGCGUGGAUGCGAAGUAGGAUAUGAAAUUGACAAAAUCCGAUGGAUAUGCAAAUUCUCUGUAGCGAUGUUUAAAAUAGGAUAUCCGAUAAUUUCUAUCCCUAGACUAAUAACUAAAUGAAUUUAGGAUUUAAAAAAUGCUUGUUAGUUGAGAAUUCUUAUUUUGAAAUGAGAACUUGUCUCGUAUUACUUAUUGCUAAUAAAUUAACAUUUAUGUCGAUACAUUACUAAUGAAGUGUCAAUGCCAGAUUAUUGUCUA